AUGUUUCUCAAUGUUGUUCACUGCAGCGCAGGGGUUGGCAGAACUGGUACUUUCGUUGUGGUGGAUGCCAUGUUACAACGUAUUGCUGCAGAGAAGACAGUAGAUGUCUUCGGAUACGUUAUGACACGGCGACGUGACAGAAAUAUCAUGGUCCAAGUGGAGGAGCAAUAUGUUUUUAUUCAUGAAGUUCUUUUGGAGGCCAUCCAUUCUGGAUACACUGAGAUACGAGCUAAUGAUCUUAGAUCCCACAUGAAGCUUCUCAUGCAAGUCAGUCCUACAACUGGCCAAACUGAAAUGGAUGAAGAGUUCAUCCAUUUGGAUCGCGGCAAUGCUCCGCAAUCCAAGUUCCAGGCUGCCAACAUGGGCUACAACAAGACGAAGAAUCGUUAUGCAAACGUAUCAGCCUUUGACGACACUCGGGUUAAACUGAGUAUGAUCACUGGAAUAGAAGGCUCUGAUUACAUUAAUGCUAACUUCAUUGAUGGCUACAUGACCAGAAGGGCAUUCAUUGCAACUCAGGCUCCCAUACCAGACACUAUUACAGACUUUUGGCGCAUGAUCUGGGAACAACAGUCCUCCACUAUAGUGAUGUUGUCGAAAGAGACUGAAAGUGGCAAGGUCAAAGUACAUCGGUACUGGCCUGCCAAGCAACCCGGGAAUAUCGGAACCCUGGUUGUGGAAAUGACCAAUCAAAUGGUUUAUGAAGACUAUACAAUGAGAGAGAUAAAACCUUCUAUGCUACCUUAGACUACCUAAGAGAGUGCAUCGCGAGUUGUUCGUCAGUAUCACUACACUGGUUGGCCUGACGUCGGCUCCACAGAGUCUGGUACAAGAUUGAUCGAUCUCAUUGGCCAGGUACAAAGGUGGCAGCAGAAUUCAGGAAACACGACUACCACUGUACACUGCAGCGCUGGAGUGGGUCGCACCGGAGUGUUCUGCGCCCUCAGUAUUUUGAUCGAGCGAUUAAAGAAUGAAGGUGUAGUCGACGUCUUCCAGACUGUGAAGCAGCUGAGAGCUAAGAGGCCCGCUAUGGUUCAAACAAAGGAUCAAUACGAGUUCAUUUACUCUGCUCUUAGUGAGUAUUUGCACUCUUUUGAUGCCUAUAGUAAUUUUGAGUAGCUGGCACGGUUAAAGAUAAAACAGCCACAGGAGAACUAUUUCAAGUGGAAGAGGAAAAGGCGAUAACUUUUGUCUAUUUU